ACAGCUCUAACUCUAACCCACCGAUAAAAUACAAAAUCGAACAUUUCGAAAUUUCCAAUUGGAUGCUGGAUGCAUUCGAUGGACUUUUGAAUUAAAAGUUUCUUGUUCUUGUGAUAAGAACAACAGCAACAAGAAAUCCAAGUUCAAAUGAAUAUCACUUUGCACAUUCUAACUUAUUUCGCGUUGAUUGCGGCGUGUUUCGGUGCUUCUUUUUGCACCAAAGACGACAAAUGCGACGAACCUAUCGUGGAUGCCGCCCGUUAUGACAACUAUCGGAUGUACUAUGUCGACAUAGACACCUCAAAGCAUGUGGAAGUCCUCCAGAAGUUCGAGGAACUCAGUGACAGUUGUAUAUUCAUGGGACAUGCCAGAAACCCGGGGCAAAAACUUUCUAUAUUGGUUGCAGCUCACAAGGUGGCUGAUUUUGUUGACCUCCUCAAGACAUACGAGAUGAAGUAUAAGGUUCUGUCAUAUAAUUUCCAAGAAAAAAUCGAUAAGAACCUGAAAGAGGUACUGCCGAAGGGCGUUAAGGUUGAUAAAUUCGACUGGAAUCAUUACUUCCACUUGGAGACCAUAUACGAAUGGCUCGAGAAGCUGUCCAAGGAUUAUGAAGAGGUUACAUUACUCGAUAUGGGAAGCAGCACUCAAGGCAUUCCGAUGAAAGGAGUGAAGAUUGCGAGAAAUCCCAACAACAAGGCGAUAUUCAUUGAGAGCGGCAUUCAUGCCAGAGAAUGGAUAGCUCCGGCUACAGCCACCUACAUCAUUGAUCAGUUGCUCACAUCCAAAAAUCCGGAAAUACAGAAACUGGCAGAUAAUUACAAUUGGAUUGUGUUUCCGUCAGUUAAUCCGGACGGCUACAAAUAUUCUUUUGAAAGCGAUCGCAUGUGGAGGAAGAAUCGUCAGCUCUUUGGAAUUUGCCGGGGUGUGGAUUUAAAUCGAAACUAUCCAUUCCACUGGAACGAAACUGGAUCUAGCCCGGAUCCGUGUCGUUAUGAUUACGCUGGUCCAUCUGGAGCGAGUGAGAUCGAAACACAGAGACUGAUAGAAUUUGUGAAGAACAAUGCCCAUUCGGAAGUAAUCAAAACAUACAUAGCUUUGCAUUCUUAUUCCCAACUGAUUAUGUUUCCAUAUGGUUUCACCCCGGAACGAGUGAGCAACUACGAUGAUCUAAAGGCAAUCGGCGAGAAAGCCAGUGAGGCAAUAAAACAAACCCAUGGAAAAAUCUAUAAGAGUGGAAGUCUUUAUGAGACGAUUUAUCCAUCGAGUGGUGGAAGUAAGGAUUGGGCUCAUGCAACGAUGAAUAUACCUAUUACGUUCACCUUCGAACUACGAGGACCCCCAGACAGUUCGGACAUGUUCAUACUUCCAGCUGAACAGAUUCUACCAACAGGUGAGGAAGCAUUUGCAGCUAUUCGAACAAUAGUUAAUGAGGCAGCCGCAAGAGGGUACUACACAAAAUAGGUAUCUUGAAUGAACAUAAUAUACACAAAAUAAACUGGCGUGUGAUUUAUUGAAUAUAAUUUUAUAUUUUAAACUUUA